AUAGGGAAGGAAGAGGAAUGUGAGAUGGCACUGGCAGUCUGAGAAAGAUAUAGGGAAGAAAGGGAAGGAAGCAGGCACAGGCACUGGCAGCCAUCAGGAGUUCAAGCCUCUUUGACAACAGAAGGCUGGAAGAAAGGACAGAAGUGGCUCUGGCUGUGAUGGGGCUCUUACUUGGCCUGCUGCUCCUGGACCACCUAACAGUGGUCACCUAUGGCCAUCCCAUCCUGGAAGCACCUGAAAGUGUGACAGGGCCUUGGAAAGGGAAUGUGAAUAUUCCCUGCACCUAUGGUCCUCUGCAAGGCUACACCCAAGUCUUGGUAAAGUGGCUGGUACAACGUGGCUCAGAACCAGUCACCACUAUCUUCCUACGUGACUCCUCUGGAGACCAUAUACAGCAAGCAAAGUACCGGGGCCGCCUACAUGUGAACCACAAAGCUCCAGGAGAUGUGUCCCUCCAACUGAAUACCCUGGAGAUGGAUGACCGCAGCCUCUACAUGUGUGAAGUCAUGUGGCAGACCCCUGAUGGCAACCAAGUAGUGAGAGAGAAGAUCAUUGAGCUCCUUGUCCAGAAACUCUCUGUUUCCAAACCCACAGUGACGACUGGCAGUGGCUAUGGUUUCACAGUGCCUCAGGGAAUGAGGAUUAGCCUUCAAUGCCAAGCUCAGGGUUCUCCUCCCAUCAGAUACAUCUGGUACAAGGAACAGACUAACAAUCAAGAACCCAUAAAAGUAGCAGCCUUGAGUACCUUACUCUUCAAGCAUGCAGUGGUAGCUGACUCAGGCUUCUAUUUCUGUACUGCCAAGGGCCGGGUAGGCUCUGAGCAGCACAGCAACACUGUGAAGUUUUUGGUUAAAGACUCCACAAAGCCACUCAAGACCAAUACUGAAGCACCUACAACCAUGCAGUCCUCCUUGGAAGUAAUAUCCACAGUGAAACCAUCCUGGGGCUGGACUACUGAAGUCGAUAGCUAUGCUGGGAAGACCAGUGCUGGACCAGGAAAGGGUCUGCCUAUCUUUGCCAUCAUUCUCAUUAUCUCCCUGUGCUUUAUGGUGGUCUUCGUUAAGGCUUAUAUCUUGCUGUGUCGGAAGACAUCCCAACAAGAGCAUGCCUAUGAAGUGGCCAGGGUGCAUGCCAGGGAGGCCAGCAACUCUGGUGAAACCAUGAGGGUGGCCAUCUACACAAGUGGCUGCUCCAGUGAAGAGCCAGCUUCCCAGACUCUGGGCAACUACUCUGAUGAGAAUUGCCUGGGCCAGGAUUACAAGAUCAUCACCCAGAUCAACGGUGACUACGCUUGCCUGCUGCACACAGUUCCCCAAGAUCAUGAGCAUCUGUCUGCUGAGGGCAAGACUGUCUGUUAAAAAUGCCCUACUAGGACAGAGUCUGCUGACAUAAUUGCUAUUCAGCCCUUGCCUUCUGCAUGGCCCCCUUUCCUGCUAUCUCUCUUCUUGGAUAGCCCAACAUGUCUUCUUUGCCAACACUGGGAUUCCUAGAAGUGACUGGUUUUGUCUAGAAGUUGCCAUAUGCACCUCAAGCAAGCAUGCUGCUAGGUCAGGCUUAGGCCCUUCUAGCAUCCUCACCUGGGGCUUCUGAUGCUUGUCUUCAAACACCAGAGGGAAGUGCCCAUAGCCCUAGAACUUGGUCAUCAUGCUUCCAGACACAACUCAACUUUGGCCUCUUGCCACAAAGACCAGAGGGAAGCUCAUUUCUGCCAGCUCAAGUGACCAGUUGUGUCCAGGAUCACUUCCCUUUCUCCAGGGUUAGGUAGCUUUUAAUUCAGAUCCCAUGUUACAAGCCAGGAUUAAAUUCUGCUUAUGCACUGUGAGUCUAGUGCUCUGAUAUUUUUGGGGCACUCAAUAAAUAUUUAAUCAUGAUAGCAA